AUGACUGAUGUGUGCGUGGCCAAUCACAGCGUGGUGGGCGGUGCCGCAGAAGGAGGGAGUGUCCAGAAGGGAGGCGGGAUGGGGCUGCUGUUGCUGCUGCUCCCGCCGCGCCUCCGCCUCGCCGCCUUCCUCUCCUCGCCUGCCGCUGCCAAAGGCAAAGCCCUAGCCAUGGCCCAGCUGCGUGCUUCCUCCUUCUCUUCUUCUUCCUCCUCGGCCGCCUUCGACUUCCUGGUGCUGGGGGGCGGCUCGGGGGGCCUGGCCUGCGCCCGGCGCGCCGCAGAAAUCGGGGCCCGGGUGGCCGUGGUCGAGAGUGGAGCCCUGGGAGGCACAUGCGUGAAUGUUGGAUGUGUGCCUAAAAAGGUGAUGUGGAAUACUGCUGUCCACUCUGAAUUCAUCCAUGAUCAUGAAGACUAUGGUUUUGAAAUAUCCAAUGUGAAAUUUAAUUGGAGAGUAAUUAAAGAAAAGCGUGAUGCUUAUGUGAAGCGACUGAAUGAGAUCUAUCAAAAUAAUUUGGACAAGGCUCGUAUAGAAACUAUUCGUGGCCACGCAUCAUUCACAACUGAUCAGGAACCCACAGUUGAAGUUGCGGGUAAUAAAUAUACAGCGCCUCACAUCCUGAUUGCUACCGGAGGGCAGCCUUUGAUCCCCAGUGAGAGCGAGAUACCAGGAGCCAAGUUGGGGAUUACUAGUGAUGGUUUCUUUGAAUUGGAAGAGUUGCCCAAGCGUAGUGUGAUUGUUGGUGCUGGAUACAUAGCAGUAGAGCUAGCUGGAAUCCUUUCAGCUUUAGGCUCAAAGACAUCCUUAUUGAUACGUUAUGAUAAGGUGCUGAGAAACUUUGAUUCAAUGAUUAGUACAAACUGCACCGAAGAGCUGGAACGCAGUGGUAUAGAAGUCUGGAAACAUGCACAGGUCAAGUCGGUCACAAAGUCACCUUCAGGACGGCUAGCAGUAACAGUUGCAUCCUCUCCGCCCAGUCAAAAACCUACUGUCAACACCGUUGAAGAUGUUGAUUGUCUCUUGUGGGCCAUUGGUAGAGAGCCCAACACAAAGAGACUCAAUCUUGGCCAGCUGGAUAUUAAGCUGGACAAAGUUGGUCACAUUCUUGUUGAUGAGUUCCAAAAUACCAACAGAAAGGGGAUCUAUGCUCUUGGAGAUGUAUGUGGGAAAGCACUUCUAACACCAGUUGCGAUAGCAGCAGGAAGGAAGCUGGCGCAUAGGCUAUUUGAAGGUAAAGAAGACUCCAAACUCGACUACACGAACAUUCCUACUGUGGUCUUCAGUCACCCACCUAUUGGAACAGUUGGACUAACAGAAGGGGAAGCCAUUGCUGCAUAUGGGGAAAAGAAUGUCAAAACCUAUACAACAAACUUUAUUCCAAUGUAUCAUGCUGUAACUAAAAGAAAAUCAAAAUGUGUAAUGAAACUCGUCUGUGCCAACAAGGAAGAGAAGGUUGUUGGACUUCACAUGCAAGGCUUGGGAUGUGAUGAAAUGCUCCAGGGUUUUGCGGUGGCUGUCAAAAUGGGAGCAACAAAGGCAGACUUCGAUCGAACUGUGGCCAUUCACCCAACCUCUUCAGAAGAGCUGGUCACACUGCGUUAAAAAGCUUGAACACGACUGAAGCUUACAGAAGUAUUUUCUGCACCAAAGACUUAAUCUUUACAGAAUUGUAUUUUCUUCUUUGAGCACAUCACUUCCCCUCACCCCCCAACCCCACUUUAUUUUUUACUGCAGCUGAAAUGGGAUGAAAAUCUUCUCCCAGACAGGAACCAGGAAAUUGAUGUGUGGUCUACCUACUUGGAUAAAAUAAAAUGUUUUAAAAUAA